AUGGACUAUAUAUCAGCAGACUUUGUAUCUACAGGAGGCAAUCGGCACCCUUCCGCCGCAGACUGGGACCGGGAAGGCUCGCAAUUACUUGCAUUUGGUGCAGACCACAAUAUCGCAUUGUGGAAUCCUGAGGUACUCACCCGUCUGCUGGGCGGCCAUGAGAAGCAAGUAACUGUCGUCAAGUUCUUCCCCACUAGAUCUUCCGAGCGAACGCUGCUCAUCAGCGGAUCUGCUGAUAAAACGAUACGAGUAUGGCUUCGUACCCAGCCUAAUCUGGAUUUUGAGCUGAUGAAGACCGUCACGGAUCAUCAAAGCGCCCUUACUCGUGUCGCAGUAUGUCCUGGAUCAGACAUCUUUGUGUCUGGGGCUUCUGAUGGUACAGUUAAGGUGUGGAAGCUCAUCCAAAACGCCGAAGAUGCCAAGACUGAUGUUGAACUCCUCCAAUCCAUAACUUUACUCCCAAAGUACUUCCCUUUAAGUUUAGCUCUUGCUAAGCUCAAUGAAUCAUCCCUUAUCCUUGCAGCUGCUGGUACAAGAAGCACAAUACAAAUAUUCGUCUCUAGAGAAAACCAAUUCGACUUGGCAGCAACUCUCACUGGCCACGAAGGGUGGGUUAGAUCUCUAGAGUUCACACGAGAGAGCGAAGAAGACAGCAGCGAUCUUCUUCUCGCUUCAGCCAGUCAAGACAAAUACAUACGUCUAUGGCGCGUGCAUCAAGGUGACGAGCUUCCGGCCGUUAGCAAUGCAGCAAGCGACCCAUCACUCAGAAUAAUGGGGAAGUCGCUGUCAAAUAAAGCUCAUCGAAUUGAGUCGAAAGAUUCUCGAUACUCAGUCACCUUCGAAGCGCUUCUCCUUGGACAUGAAGAUUGGAUUUACACAGCUUUGUGGCGUCGUCAGUGUGGGAAACUUCAACUACUGACCACUUCUGAGGAUAAUUCGCUGGCCAUCUGGGAAUCUGAUCCAGCAUCUGGUGUGUGGGUGUGCGUAACUAGACUAGGCGAAAUCAGCUCUCAGAAAGGGUCUACAACCGCAACCGGUAGUGCUGGAGGCUUUUGGAUUGGACUCUGGUCACCCGAUGGCGAUCUAGUAGUGUCAUUGGGUCGAACUGGUAGCUGGAGAAUGUGGCACUAUACCGAAUCAGAAGAUCGAUGGCUACAGCGAGUAGCAAUUAGCGGUCACGUCGAAGCAGUCAAAGGAAUCUGCUGGGCUAAAGACGGGUCGUAUUUGCUCUCCACAGGCUCCGAUCAAACAACCAGACUCUUCGCAGAAUGGAAACGCGGAAGUAAGCGCUCAUGGCACGAAUUCUCUAGGCCUCAGAUCCACGGGUAUGAUCUAAACUGCAUCGACUCAAUCUCCGCUACUCAGUUCAUAUCUGGUGCCGAUGAGAAACUUCUUCGUGUCUUCGACAAGCCGCGAGGCGUCGCGAAUCUCCUCAACCGGCUCUGCGAUAUAGGAUCCGACACGAACCAAACCCUACCAGAUGCCGCAAACAUCCCCGUUCUCGGUCUUUCCAACAAAGCCAUUCAGGCCGUCGAGGACGAAGAACCCGUCGCAGAAGAAGACGAUGAACGAGAGGCCGUCGACCCAGCCUCUAUUGUACGCAAAUCUACUCUGGAUCUAGACCACCCACCCUUCGAAGACCACCUCGCAAGACAUCUUCUCUGGCCAGAGUCAGAGAAGCUGUACGGUCACGGAUACGAGAUAUCUGCGGUUGCCAGCAGUCAUGACGGCUCUGUGAUCGCGACAGCAUGUCGCGCUAGCUCUUUAGAACACGCUGUCAUCCGCCUCUACGACACCAAAGAGUGGCUGGAGAUCAAGCCACCUCUAGCAGCUCAUUCGCUAACCGUCACGGCCUUAGAGUUCGCUGAAGACGAUCAAUACUUGCUGAGCGUCGGGAGAGAUAGACAAUGGGCUGUAUUCGCACGCACAGGAGCUUCCGCGACCGAGUAUAAGCUCGCACAUUCAAACCCAAAAGGCCACUCCCGGAUGAUCCUCGACGGAUCUUGGGCGCCGAACACCUCGUGCCGAAUGUUCGCUACCGCUGGAAGAGACAAGUUGGUCAAGCUUUGGCGACUCUCCGGCGCUGAGAUCGAGCUCUGCACCUCGAUCUCGGCUACCGCGGCAGUGACUGCUGUGGCAUUCCUGCAUACUAUACUCCCCGGUCGUCUCGUUCUCGCGUAUGGCGAUGAGAGCGGGACAGUCGCUAUCUGCGUCAUCUCCGUGGAGGACCCUACGAAGAUUAAAGUCUCCAUUGUCGGAAAUAAGUUUGCUCCCGCGAAGCAAGUAAAUCAGCUUGCGUGGAGGCCGGCCUACCAAGGGGCAGGUCAUGAGGAGACACAGGAGCUAGCUAUAGCUAGUGAGGACAGCUCUGUGCGUAUCCUGCGAGUGAAGAUAGGCAGUCAACCAUAGGAUAUAUUCAGAUAUUUUGAAGUCCUAAACAGCAUGUGCACCUGUGCGUUUUUAAUGAGUUGGAAGUGAAAAGUUUAAUAAGGCCGAAGAGAAAUUUCACUCAAGUACUCACGUGACAUCAAAAACCCUUAUGAACCAGCAAAGCUCCACUGCCUUUAUCAGAAGACAUUUGGUCGUAUACUACCCAAUCUCCGAAAAUGCCGAAGCACCCCCCAGGAUCCCUUACCGACCCGAGCGUACAAGUACACCAGCAUAUCCAUGCCAUAACCAUGCGCACCCUCUAUAUCCCAACCCCCCCACAGUACGCCUCACAAAAUAACCGCCACAUAAAAC